AUGGCGGACAAAUCACCCGAGAAUGCGGCCGACCGCAAGGCCAGCGUUGAUAGCGCGGUCAAGGUGCUCGAGACCAAGGAGUAUGAAGGCGUUAAUCUCGACAUGGCCGAAGUCAUGGCAAAACACAAGCCUAAUCCUUUUGGUGUGGGAUACGUCAAGUUAUAUGUGUUAGUCGCGUUGCUCUUCCUCAUCGCAACGAUGAAUGGCUUUGAUACCAGUGUCAUGUCUUCGAUCAACGCCCUGCCGAACUACACUCACUACUAUGACCUUCCCGAGAAAGGAGCCGCAUCGACUGGAAUAGUCUUUGCCAUUUGGCAGAUCGGUCAAAUGGUUGGGUCUCUGUUCACCUGGCUUUCGGACUGGAGGGGUCGCAAAUUCAUGAUCUUCUUUGGUGCAAUUGGCGUCCUUGUGGGCACUGCCAUCACUGCUACCGCUCCGACACUGGGAGCGUUCAUCGGCGGCCGCUUUAUUCUGGCCUUCUUUGCGACGCUGGCCCAUCUAGGUGCCAUCAUCUAUCUGGUGGAGAUGGCACCCACCAGAUACCGCGGUACAGUCGCAGGCUUGUAUAAUACGUUCUAUUACGUGGGCUCCGUCAUAGCGACUUCAUCUGUGUACGGUGCCCAUCUGCAUCUAUCUCAUCAAGGCAACCUGGAUUGGAGACUCGCACUGUGGCUGCAGAUGGCCUGCCCGGGCAUAGUCGCUUGUUUCAUUCUGUUCUUCCCGGAAUCUCCUCGAUGGCUUGUGAUGAAGGAUCGCCACGAAGAGGCAGCCAAGGUCAUCACGAAGUAUCACGCCAAUGGUGUCCAGGACCACCCAUUGGUCAAGCUUGAAAUGAGGGAGAUGAUUGCUUCGCUCCAAGAUGAGCCCCCCGUCUCUGACUGGAAGUCCAUGUUCAAUCUGAAGAACCUCGUCAAGACUCCAGGAAGACGCUAUCGACUGAUGCUCAACAUCGUGUUUGCGUGGUUUGGUCAAUUUUCAGGCAACAAUGUCAUCUCAUACUACCUGCCCUCUCUCCUGAAGAACGUGGGAAUCACGUCAACGAACAUGCAGUUGCUGCUGAACAUCAUCUAUGCACUCGUGGGUUGGAUCUUCAGCACCGUUGGCACCCGUUUCCACGAUAUAAUUGGCCGUCGCAAAAUGUUCAUGAUCAGCACCGCCGGAAUGGUCUUGUGCCUUAGCAUCACGGCUGGCACCGCUGCAGACUUUGUCAAUAGCGGGAGCAUGGCAUCGUCAACUGCCAGCAUCGUCUUCAUCUACAUGUUUGGCGCAGUCUUCAGCUGGGCGUACACCAGUAUGCAGCCCAUUUACCCGACCGAAAUCAUCUCCAACGAUGCCAGAGCAAAGGGCGUGAUGUGCUACAAACUGACCGGCGGUGCCUCGGGUUUCCUGAAUACCUUCGUCACUCCGAUCGCCCUGCAAGAUAUAGGGUACUGGUUCUAUGUCUUCUUCGUUUUCUGGGAUCUCUUCGAGCUCGUCUUCAUCUACUUCUUCUUCGUUGAGACCAAAGGCAUCAGUCUAGAGGAGCUUGAUGAGAUCUUCGAGGCGCCCAACCCGAGGAAGGCUAGCACGGCUGUCAAGAAGAUGCAGACGAGAACGCUCGUGACUGCUGAGGGCGAGAUUGAACAGGAAGUCAAGCAAGUUUGA